AAAAUGUGAGGCUGGAUGAACACGGCAGGCCAAGCAGCAUCUCAGGAGCACAAAAGCUGACGUUUCGGGCCUAGACCCUUCAUCAGUCCAGCCUGUCUCUGCCUCCACAUUUUAUUAUCCGGCGAAAAGUCAGGCGGCUGUUAGACAACAGCAAGACGGAAAAGCAGCAUAUCGCAAGGAGCAUUAAUCUAUUUGUUCAAACGAUGCCCGGACCGACGUUUAUUUACCUGGAUCUCCUCGCAGGCAGCGAUGCUCGUCCUCACCUCCUCCACCUGCUGUUCGAUGAAGCCCAGGCCCAGGCCGAAGGCCAGCAAAGCACCGCCCGGCCCGCGGAGCUGCCAAGACGCCCGGCGCUGUAGCUGAGCCGCUAGGCCGCCCAAAGACAGGCGGAAAUAGCGGUAGCGGGCGGGUAGGACGGCUUGGAGCGGCUGCUGGGCCCAGGGUUGCACAAAGGCCGCGCCCGCCUGAGCCCGAGCUCGAGCUGCGGGAUUGACGAGGCGCAAGGCCGAGCGGCUGAGGUCCAGGCCGCGGGCCAGGAGUCGUCGCACCGACAUUUUGAAGGUUUAAAACCUCCGAUUUAUCUUUUCAACAUUGUUGAAGAUAAACAGCAACCGUUUGAGACGAAAGGGAACGUUAAAUGUUACCAACCGGGAAAUAUCACCUUCAAAACAAGCCCGGUAACCAUAGCAACAGUCAUCAUAAACCGCCUCCGAACUGGGCAGUUACAAACCAAACACCAGCUUUAUUUUCAGCUGCAGAUCCGCCCCUUCAAAGACCAAUGAACACAAUAACAUGGAGACAGCGUGGUCCACUUCCAAGGCUCUUACUGGGGGAAGUUGUCUGACGCAAAAACUCCUCUGAACCGUGUGGUGUGAGUGAUGGCGGACUACCUCAUGGGAAACUUCACCACUGAUUGCCCGAACGGAUCCCUGUUUGUUUGGAACGUACUGAAAGAGUGCACCGAGAACGGUAGAGAUAUGGCGAGUGUUGUUCUGGGCUUGUUCUCCGUCUUUUGUUUCAUGAUGGCUGCUUUCCCGCAGUGUUAUAGUUCUUAUCUGAAAGGAAACAUGGACCAAGCUGUAUCAAUCUGGUUCCUGAUGGGUUGGCUGGCUGGUGACUCAUGCAAUGCUCUUGGUGCAUUCUUAGCUCAGCAAUUGCCAGUACAGAUUUACACUGCUGUGUAUUAUGUUGUGGUGGAUGUGAUAAUGGUCUCACUGUAUAUUUAUUAUGCAAUAAAGAACAGGUCCAGACGAGAUGGAACUGUAAUCAAUACCAUUGUUGUAUUUGUGAUGCUUGGAGCGACGGUCUCUUUGUUACCAGGGAACCAUUUGGGGUCUUCAGUUCAGGACGUACCAAAGUUUACUAGGCGUUCUCUUUUGGCUUUUUCACACUUCUCCGCUAACCAGGAAUUUACUACUCAAGAAAUCAUCGGAUUUACAAUUGGCUCCUUCUCAUCUGUGCUCUACCUGAUGUCAAGGUUACCACAGCUGUGCAGAAAUUGGAAAAGGAAGUCCACAGAAGGCAUAUCCCCUCUUCUCUUCACCCUGAUGAUUCUGGGAAAUCUGACAUAUGGUCUGAGUGUGCUGCUGAAAGACCCAAGGAAAGGUCAAAGUGAGACGAAUUAUGUCGUACACCAUCUUCCUUGGUUGAUCGGUAGUUUGGGAACCAUGGGAUUCGACAUGGUGAUUUUGUUUCAAUUCUUCAUCUAUCUAGAAGAGAAAUCUGAUGAAAGAAGACCAUUGGUUUAAUUCAAGUGGACAUUGAGCUCCUUAGCAGUGAGGCAGUGCUUUCCAGUAACUGUGACCACCCUCUACGGAAAAAUCUGUUAAUUUUUUUUAUUUUUUGAAAGCAAUUUUGAAGCUGGACCUACCCAGGCCUUUGUUGGAUUUCAAGCUGUUAUUAUAAGGAAAUUAUUUGGAAAAAUUCUCCAACUUAAUAUCACCACCAGAGAGAGAGCUCCUCUGUAAGAGCAAUUUUUUUGUGCAUCAUUACAUUGCUACUGUAACUGAAGAUAAAUGUUCAAUGCCUAACAUUUAGACCUCGGAUAUCAAUCAACACAACGCCAUUGCCAAGGAUGAAGUAGGUGCCAAAUGCAUCUAAUCAAAUCAUCUCACUCCUUCACUCUGGACCAGUGGUUUUUAUUUGGCUUUGACUGCACAACUACACCAGGUCAUUCCUUCCUUCCUUCCCAUGUGUAAGGAAGGCCAUAAUCAAUCAACUGGAGGCAAGCUGCUUCUAUACUAAUCCAAUCAGUAAUGUGAAUGUGUGGUUCUAAAGAGUAACUAACUGGAAAUCUCCCAUUCUACUUCAAACAAUGUUACAUCCAAAAUGACUGCAGUUAUUAUCUAUUGCAAUCCAGUAAAACCAUAGCAACUCUGGAUAGCAAAAGAAACUUAACAAUCUUCAUUACUGCUAGAUACAGUCUAGAUUUUAGAAUUUUAUUGAAUCCAGAACACUAAAUAUAAAAGGCCUCAACACACAAGAAGUGGUUUCAAUCUGAAGGUAUAUUCCUGUCUGAUAUUAUACUUGAUCUUUCUGAUUUGAUUCCAGUCUUGGACUGACUUCGCUACAGCAUUCCCAGGAUGAGGAGGAAAUCGACCACACCCCUGAUUGUUAUACAAUAACUCUAACGGAUAAGUGUCUGUCGACAUUGAGUGUGAGAACAUUGGUAGGUGGAUAAUCUGGUGCUUGCUGGCCAGGAUCCCAAUUGGAAAUGCCCACUUGAACAAGGCUGCAGUAAGGGCAGAAUUGUAGCCCAGCAAGGAGUUGAUGCCCUGGAGGAGGUAGGGAGAAGUGGGAAUCCAAUCUGCUGGUGCUUGAUUUUUUUAGACUUCAGUGGAGUCCGGUUCAGAGAAAAUCUGGAGCUAAAAGCUGAGGUGUAGCUCGUGUGCUGGUUCUUCAGGCUGUAUCUCACACCCGGGCAGGAUGGGGUCUGAUCUAGCCUGUUAAUAGUUACCCAAUCGAAGGAGGUCAACUAGGAUUCUUCAGCCAGUCUUCGGGAGGCAGGAGCCAGCAUAGUUGCUGGUUGCGGACUGGGUGAGUAGCACUCAAGUCUGAAUUGGAGGUUUGGUGUGUAUGAAUGAGAACAGUCACAGUUCACCAUAUAGAGGUGGCCUGGCUGUAAAAGCCAUUUCUUUAAACUUUUAGCCCUGACCUCAUUUGGAUGGUGAACCCACUGUCUUGUCACUGUCACGGUGGAGAAAAUCACAAUGAAUGUGCACUUUCCUCAUGGUGCCAGCUUUGCAUCUGACAGUGCGAUUCAAAGGCCUUCACUAUCUCCAUGCAAUGGGCUGCUUGUAAACACAGCUAUGGUUUAAAAUGGUGUGAACUGGAACUGAAAUACAUGACUAUGUUAUGUAUGACAUUUACAAUCAAGUCAUUGAGAUUUUUUUGCUUAAAUUUGACGGAUAUGGUUGGAAUUUUUAAAAUAUUUACCAGGAUUCUGGAAUUUUGAUUUCAAUCAUCAGGGCCAAUUCAGAAUGUGAAAGAUUUUUGUCUCCCGAAGGCUGAGGGAGCAGCAAAGCUUAGUUACACCAAAGGAUUUAAAUUUUAAUGUUUUACUCAUUUUAAUCAGUAUUCCUUUGACAGAAUCCAGCUCCUAGGCUGCAAAUUCCCUGUCUUAAGCUUACUUUUACUUGCUGCAUCCCUGUGUUGAGAUCAAGAUUCAAUGAAUUAUCUGUUCAUAACCUAGUUUUAGUCAGAACUGUUACUUCCUUUAGUUUUCCUUUCCUCCUACAUUUGGGCAAACUUUAAAGAGAAACAGAAAUCCGACAUGGUCUUCUUUUUCUCUUUCCAUCUUGUCACUUGUUUACUCAAUUAAAAAUGAUUUUGCACAGUACAUUGUAUUAUUCCCCUUGACCUGUGUGUGUGUGGGCCAAAGGUAUGUCCUCAUUGUUCAUUACUUUGCACUUUACAUAAACAAAUUAUGUAAGUUUACUUGGUUUCUCAUUCUGUCCAAAGAUUCAACAAAACAUUUUAUUUCAAGUUGCCAUAUUUUUAAAAAACAGCUUCUAGGUUUUAUCUACUGUAUAUUUGUUUGCCAUUGAGAGUGACUUGUGCACACUUUAAUAAAAAAGCAUAUCCAGACUUCUACCUGUGUGUAGCCAGCAGUUGGCUGCGCUCACUGCUUGCCUUCUGGGUCUGCACGAAUUGAAAGAAAUUUUCUAUGGCCACCAGUUAUCAAAUAAUUUGAAAUUGGGAUCUGAUUGGCAAACAAUUCCUUUAUUUAAUCUUAAAAGGAGAAAAGGGAUUGAUUGGUGAUUGGUGAAUGUCUUUAGCUAUUGAUAAUGUUUAGCACUGGCAGACUGAGCCUGCCCGUUUAAAUGCAAAUAGUGGCAGCUUCAUUAUAAUGCCAGAAACUGAAGUUUCAGUCUUUGCUUUUGCAUUAGAAAGUUUUUUUUAAAAAAAAAAAUCACAGAUCUGGACUGUUGCAUUGUGCGUUUGGUCCAUUUCCCUGGGGUGCUCUGUCACCAAGGCCUAGCCAAUGUCCUAACUGAAAUGUGCAUGGUGCUAUUCUUGCUGCACAUGUUUGCUGCCAGUGAAGUUUUAUCACUAGUUUACUGGCAUUGUUUUUAGAAAUGCAACAGGUUGCACUAAAAGACAAAGUAUAUCUUUUAAAUUGGAAAAACAGAAGCCCAUUUUCUGGAACUAUCUCAGGGAAGUGAGAGGUCCUGAACAACUAUUUAAAAUUGUUUGAAUCAUCAUUAAUCUCUCAGUUCUGAGUUGAUUCCAUGUUCUUUAAUUCCUUGCAUAACACAGCCCUGUCAAUUUUUGGGCUUGAUUUGUCAGUCAACGUCACUUAUUCAAUGCAGCUUACCAGCUUUUUCCAGGUUUACACUGAUGUUUUUAUGGUAAGAACUCUCCCCAAGUAUUUCACAAACCAUGCAAGGAAAAUGAUCACAACCACUUGGGGUUGCUUAAGACUAGAAGUUAGUCCCUAGAUGAACUUUUUUUUAAUAUAAAUCAGGUAAAUUCUAUGAAGUGUUACAAUCAAAGGGCAUUAUCUUACAGUUAGGGCUUUACGCUGAAAUCAGAGUGUCAGCAACAGGCCUUUAGAGCAUGGGUGUCAUUGGGACUCUAAAUGAGUUUGGUUUUAUGAUUGAGUGUGUAGCUUCUGGGCAAAAGGAUUUGUUGACUUAUACGCAAUUCAUAGGACAGAAUAUUGUAGAAGUGCACAGCAGAUUUUUCAGUUCUGGAAAAGGGAAGGCAGCUUAAUGUUAUUGGGGAGACUCACUGGGAGUUCCCACUUUGGAUGUUCACCUCACUUGGAUCAUGAUUUUGUUUCCAGAACAAUGCUGAGAAUCAGCUAUGAUACAUUCGCCGUAGGAAUCAGCCCUUGUCACUUUAGCAGUCAGUCCUUGCAUGUUCAAAUUACCUGAUGUGUCUUGGCUGCCUGAUUUGGAGGGAUUUUCAUUCUUCAAGUAAAUGGUGCUAAGACAACUUGUAAAUCAUCAAAUUGUAGGGUAACUAUUUCAUGAUUCAUUAUGCAUUACAUUUUUUAAUCUUAUGAGACACAAUUUAUGAUUUAGAUUUUUCUUUUCACAAUACAUUUAAGAUUCUUUUGAACUGUUUGUUUCUUUUUCAGUUGAAAUAGUAUUCAAGAUUACUAUAAUGUAGAGGCUGUUUUAUAAUUGAUGUAAACUAAAACAAUUUCUGGGUUUAUGAUCCUUUUUGUUCAGCCUUGAUAUAUUUGUGUUUUGUUUCUUCCUGAAUAUUCUUGUUUUAAAUAGGAUUGGCUCAGCAACAUUCACUCAAGAUAAAACUUGUUAUUUGCAAUCUGGAAAACAUUUUUAAUGGAGCAGAUAAAAUAGUUGUACUACCAGUUGCUAAAUGCUUUGAAAGGGGGGACAAAGGAAGCAGUCUGGCCAUAUGUGAUAGUGGGAACUCUUCAUAGAAUCAUGCAGCAAAGCAGGAAGUUUUCAGCCCAUCAUGCAAUGCCAGCUCUUAGAGGAUGUCAUCCAAUUCUGCUUUUCUUUCUCGGUCCCUUCCCACCCAAUAAUCAUGAAAUGUUUUCAAUUUCUAAUUCUAUUUUGAAAAUUACUAUUUAAUCUGUUUUCACCAAUUUUCAAGCCAUUCUAGAGCAUCCUAACUUCCCAAGUAAAAUGAAGGGGAUUUCUAUCUGCUUCAUUUGUAAAUUUCCUUUAUAUCUGUGUGCUGGUGGAGAUUGACUCUCCCAGCUGGAUCGGGUGAUACUGUUAUCACUAACAAAAUCUUUUCAACUUUGAGCAUUACUCAAUUUCUCCUUAACCUUUUCUGCUCUAAGAACAAGCUGCACUUUUCCAGUCUCUCCAAUGACACAGCCCACUUCCACAGCACCCUUGGCAUCCUUCAAAGUCUGGUGACUGGAACUAAAUGCACUAUUUCAGCAAAGGCCUGGUCAGUAAAGUUUAUAGCACACCUAAUAGGCUGAAUUUCUGCUUUGCCCAGUAGGUGCCACUGUGGUCACAUUGAUAUGUUGUGUCCAGAUUGCAAGUUUGUUUCUUACACCAGUUGGAAAACAACAAUCACUUAUCUGAGGGAGGAAUAAGUACGGUGACUGCUCUAGCUUUUUAGAUGUUUAAUUAUAAAUUUAACAGAUUACGAUAGUAUGCACUAACUUCCUUGCUGUUGUAUUUGCCCCUUUUUUUUUCAAAACCAGUGACUCCAUGUGCUUUAUUGACAACCUUUUCUUGGAGAGAAUCUAUUCAGCUGAAUGAAGGUUCAGUCUACAUCAAUGCAGUACAGAAAAAUAAGGAUUUUCUGCACGUAUAGGUGAUUUAAUUGCACUGACCCCUACAGUACUAGUCAGGAUUAGCCUGUAUUCAUGUGGUUUUGGCCAUUCUUAGACAAAUUCAAUGUGUUUCCAAUUAAUGCUCUUACAGAUUUUUUAAAAUUUUUAAUUUAAUUUAAUUUCUUCUUAUUGGUGUAAUCCAUACAAACUUAUACAUUUUUUAAACAAAUUCCUCUGACAUUUGUGUAAUUGUUAUUUUGUUUGAAAAUUAUUUUUAAACCUUUUUUGUCUUUUCACUUCUACAGUUAAUGUUGUGAUAUGAGUUUUUUUAUGUGCAGCAAUGUAUUAAAUGGGACUGAAUGACUUUGUUCUUGUGGUGUGGUCAUGUGUCAAGCGCAUUGCAAAAAUGGAAACUGUUGUAUUCCUUUCUUUCUUGUAUCUCAAACUCUGAAUCCCUGGUUGUUCUCCUGACAGUGUAGUAAUAUUCUGAGCUGUAUAGGAAAGGACAAACACAGAAAACAGGAGCAAGAUUAGGCCAUUCAGCUCUUCGUACCUGCUCUGCUAUUCUGUAUGAUCAUGGCUGAUCAUCCCUGUUCUUGUUUUCUCCCCCACACCUUUUUUGUCCCUUUUGUCUUUAGAACUAUGCAUUACUCCUCCUCAAAAACAUUCAGCAUUUUGGCCUCCACUAAUUUCUGUGGCAGAGAAUUCCACAGGCUCACCACUCUGGAUGAGGACACUUUUUCUGCAACUCAGUCGUAACUGGCCUUCUCCAUAUUCCUUGGUUUUGAAAACAAACUCAGAUCCAAUCCCUGGCUAAUUAGUUGAGGUGAUGAAUGAAAGAUGUGGUCGGGUUGGGGUGAAGUGUUCAUCUACUUUUGGGGAGAUAAAAUGAUACGUUUCACUCCAGGGAAGUGAUUCUAAUAAAAGGGAUAAUGAGUUCAUGUAUCUUGGAAAAUAAAUUUAGAUAUUUUUAAGGAAUUAAUCUCAAGUACAGAUUCAUUAUGAAUCAUUAUAAAAAGUUAGCAGGAUCAUUCUUAAAAGAUGUAAAUAAAAACCAUUUGAGUUCCCUCUUCUGGAGGAAUGGGAUUGAAAAGUGGCAAAGUUUGCAGUGUAACUUAAAUACUUAUGAUAUUUCCAUGUCACACAGAAUUUUGAGGCAUUGAUUAUUUUGUGGUGAUAUACAGCUGGAAAUGGAAGAAAACUACUCUGAAUGUGGAGGCUGGUGGGGUGGAAGGUGAGGACAUGUUUGUGGAGUGUGGGGGAGGUGUGAUCCCUAUAGUAGGUGAGGGCAGAAAUGUAGGGAAUGGGUUGGACACAGUUGGAUGGUGGGAAUCUUCAAUUGGCAAAAAGAAAGCAUUGGAAGGAGGCCAGUAGGAGGUGGCAUCAUCAAACCAGAUAUGACGGACUCCUUCCCAUUCUCUGUUUCUCCCUAACUAGGAAGUGGGGUCUGUAGUUGAGGAAGCUUAUGGGGGUUGUGAGCUUAUAUGGGCAGCUUAUUCCUGGAAAUGGAGUGAGACCUGUCAAGAAAAGGAAGAGAAGAGUCUGAAAUGGACAAUGUGUAAGUGAGAGAAAGGUAGAAAUUGGAUAUAAAAUUGAUGCAGUUAUCCAGCUGUGGGCGAGUGCAGGAAGUAGUGCUCUGCAAUCAUCGGUGUCUCUGAGGAAGAGGGGUCUGAUUUUAAAACAAUGUUCCACAACCCCCACGAAAAGGUAGGCAUAACUGGGAACCAUUACAAUGUCUUUGUGUAUAGGGAAAGUGAGACAAAUUUAAAGAAAUUGCUCAAUGAGUGGAGGGAAGAAAUGUCCAGCCAGGGUGGAGGAAGGUGAUGGCAUAGAAACUUUGUGUUUGAGUUUGUUCCAGCAAGGAGAGGAGAGCCCUUCAACAACCUUGGUCUGAAACAAAGCUGUAGAGGGAUUAGACCUCCGUCAUUUGGAGGUGGUUCAGAAAUUGAAAAUUAUUGCAUAAGAAGAGGCUGGAUAAAAGCUGGAGAGCAAAACAAAAUCCAGAAAGCAAGAAAUAAUGGGUUUGCUAGGGCAGUUCUAUUUGCGAAUUUUUGGAAGAAAGUAGGCGGAACCAAUGUGAGGUUGAGGGACUGGGUGUUAGAAAGCUGUCCAGAGGAGGAGUUCUGUGACAGUCUUGGAAAGAAGGGUCUCAUGUUCAGUGAUGGGAUCAUGGUCCAGGAAGAAGUGUUUGAGAGUUGGCAUUCAGUCUCUGGUGGGCUUGAUAAGCUUGAUAACAAGUUCAGAGUUAGACCUGAGAGAACAAAGUGCAACAUGUUCUGAGAGAGAGAGAGAGGGUAGAGUGGCUGAGGGAAAUUGAUGUGGCCAAUGUCAUGUUUAGACUUGGGUUUUGUUAUCACAUCUACUCAAGUACAAGAGUGCUAUGCCAUGCUUGAAAUUCAUUGAGGUGAGGCCACAAGUGGAUAAACCUGAAUUCUCUAAUUCUUUUGGACAGAAAUUGUUCAUUGUCACUGAUCAGGUCAGAGGGUGAGCAGUGCGAUUAGAAGAAAGGAUGGGGUCAAAGAGAACUGGGUGGGUGGAAAGAUUGGGGUGGGGUGAUGUUAGUCUUCAUAAAUUGCUGGAGUUUGAGUUCAUUUAACACCCGACAAACAUUAUUUUUAAGAAAGUUUUUAAAAAAAAAUGUUCUUAGUUCUUUUAUUCACUGGAGAUGAUUUAAAAGCUUCAACUGGGAUUGUUAAUCCAGGAGACAAGAGAUAGCCAGGCACAGAAUUUGAUUAGCUCCAAGUUAUGAAAACACUGUUGAUCUCCCAGGAUUAAAAUGUGUGUGAAAGAAGCUGAGAUGGAGUAAUGAGGAUGAGAAAAUGUGCGCCUUCUGGCAAUUUCAGAUCAUCUUUCCAAGUAAGCCAGUCUCAAAACUGGGAGAUGUUAGUCACAAAGAGUUAGCAUGAAACUCCACUUGAUGCAGCAGACAACUCCCACGUGACCAUUUUGAGAAUUCACAAAUCUCAUUAUCUUCCUGAAGUGCCAGCCUAACGGCAAUGAAACUAAUUCAGAAGCUUCCCAAUGUGUUUAAUUAGCGUUACUACCUGUGGCUCUGGUUCAUUUGAUGAAUCCACAUCAUGUCUUCAAUCUUGACCCAAUUCAGCAACAGAUUGUCAGAGGAAAAAAGGUUGAGUUUAAGAGUCGAGCAUAAAAUUGAUUUAUUUGAAUUGAGGAGACAAAAAAAAUUAAUGAUCAAUCCUUGUAAUCCAGUAAUAGGCAGGGUAUUGCCUUCAAUCCUGGAUUAAGUUUAUUUUGUGUUGUUCUCUCACUGUCCUGUAUAUGUUACAUUUAUUACGUUAAUAGUUUUACAGAAAACUGGGUGGAAAAUUUUGGGGCUUCUUCCAAUUUGCAUGCUAUUCUGGGAACCAUUUUCUUUUGCACUCCACAAGAACUGUUCUGCUGCCAGAACUAGAUGCCUUCCUACGAUCCCAGAGUCUCAACGGAAUUCACCUAAACCCCAUCAGGGAGCUGCCCUAAGCUCACCCAGAAAAUAUAAAACAAAGAACUUUGGAUACUGGAGAAACUCAGCACUUUUGUCAGCAUCUGGGGAACAGAGUUAAUGUUGUUUUGUAGUGACUAAUCAGAAGUGUUUGAAGAAAGGAUUUGAACCCAGGUGCCCUGGCUCAAAGGUAGAGUCACUACUGCUGCACUACAAUUGGCCCUUACGCUAUAUUUUAUCACAAUAACAGUAACCUGUUCCCCAUUGUGAGUUACUUUUGUGUGAUUGCUGUAAGUCAUAUAUACCUUAAAGAUUGAGAGUUUGAUUAAACAGGAAUUGUUCCUGAAAGGAUUAACUGUUAGUUAACCACUAGUAGUUAAGAAAAUAGACCAUAUGGUGUAGUAGUGAGCCACACGUACAGAGUUUGGGCACAGGUUGUGAACGUAUUUUGGGGGUUUGGGGGAAUAAUUAUGUCAUGUUGAUUUAGGGACAUUUAGUGCAAAUCCUAAACUCCACAGUGAAAGGACGGGGUAGAUGAGCCCAAAACACAGGGAACACUGUUUCAAAAUUAGGGCUGGCUCUUUAGGACUGAGAUGGAAGCUAGGAUGUAUAGGACGGGCUGAAGGGCUAAAAGGUGAAUAUUUGACCGUUGCAAUGAGAAAAUAGAUUGUAUAGGAUGGGAAAAUCGACUGGGAAAGCUAAUGAUAAUACUCGACAAGUUGCAUAACCUUGAAUGAGUCCUGUGAAAAUUCCUUUACAGACCAAAGACAACACCUGCAGCUUUUUUCUCUGUAGCUGUGUGUUUUCUGUACCAGCCAGCAGUUUUGCCUUCUGUAUCUGCUUGCUUUCUGCUGGCUAUUUGUUACACUGUAUGAGGGAGAGAGAGUUUCAUUCCAAGUUUCUGGACUUGUCCUCUGACUGGAAUUGUGAAUGGCGUGAGGAAUGAACCUAAGCCUCCAGACGAGCUGUCAGUGAAGGGGUCCCAAUGGGCAGAAGGACAUGAGAUUUGUUGCUUCUUUUCUAUUUAUUAU